AUGGAUUUCCUCGCGCUCGCCGAGAGGCCGGCGCUAUGGAUUGCGGUACUUUCUCUCCUGCUGGCAUCAGUCUACCUCUUUCGCCUGAACCAAGUCCUCAGCGGAACGCCAGACGAAGUCCAAAAGCUUGCACCCCAAAGAUGGAAGCGAACAGACCUCCUCGAGACCUACGAACGGCUAAAGAAGCGGCCCUUCACAACCGAGAACUACGCCCAGCAGAUCCCGCCGAAGCUAGAAAGACGAUACAUCAUCACCGGCGGCUCAGGCAUCGUAGGCGGCUAUCUCGUCCUCCAGCUCCUCCAGCGCGGCCAAUUGCCCUCUAGCAUCCGAAUCGUUGACUUCAAGCCCCUUUCUCGACAUGACAUGCUCGAGUCAUCGUCCGCGCGUGACUGCGACUUUGUCCAAACCGACAUCUCUUCCGCCUCGUCGACCGAGCAAGCCUUUGCCAAGCCGUGGCCUUCUUCAGUUGCCCAUCUUCCGCUGACUGUUUUCCACACCGCGGCUGUCAUCGUCCCUUCGGACCGCUCGAAGCUCGAAUACGCCUUUUGCGAGGCAGUCAACGUGCGCGGGACGCAAAACGUGGUUGAGGCUGCGCGGCGGGCAGGGGCGGACGUCUUUGUGUCGACCACGUCGGCUAGUAUAAGCAUUCGGCCGGUGGAAUUCUGGGUGGCGGCGUGGAAGCUGUUGUUCUGGUUUCAGUCGUCGACGUCGAGGACGUGGCCGCGCUAUUUCUGGCAGGUGCUGGACGAAGCGGACUUUGACAAGCCGUUGCGAAGACAUGAGGAGUUCUAUGCCAAUUACCCAGCUUCCAAGGCGGCAGCGGAGCGGAUCGUCUGUGGCGCGAACUCGAAGGGGUUCCGGACGGGAUGUAUACGGCCGGCGAAUGGAGUGUACGGGAAUCCGACGUCCAAUACCGUGGGCGGACCGCUGAAUAUGGGUGUCUGUCCGACUUGGACCACCCACAUAGUCCAAUCCUUCGUCCAUGGCAUCAACGUUGCCAUCGCCCACCUCCACUUCGAAGCCAUCCUCGCUUCGUCUCCGGAUAGCCAUCUCGCACCACAAGCCGGUCGCCCCUUUGUGGUUACCGAUCCGAACCCGCCGAUAACUUACGGUGACCUGUACUUUGCCCUUGAAAUCUUGGCCGUGACUCCCUUCCGGACGAUUUCCCUGCCCCCGCUGCCUUUGCUGCUUGCGUCCUACCCAAUCGAAUGGUACAGCCUCCUACUUGCAAAAUAUCGUUUCUUGCGCAGGGUCUUGCCACCGCUAAAAGGUGACGUGAAGCACCUGAAACCUGGCUUGUUCUCGAUUUGUACGCACUUGGUAGCUACGAACGACAGCGCUAGUCGGCCGGUCGAGGACGGUGGACUGGGGUAUAGAGGUGUGUUGACCACCAUGGAAGGUAUGGUGCAGGAGGUGAUGGAGUGGAAUGGGUGGCAUCGCAAGGUAUAAAGCCAGUCCAUUAAUUAUCAAGUGUUGAAAUUGAAGAAAAAAAAUCUUCUCAGUCAUUAUCAUCCUCUCCUCACCCCUUUGUGCUUCUGUAGCAUCAACCACAGCAAACAGUAGCAUCCUCCACGCCCU